UUACGACGCACCGUUUUGGCUGCACCAUUAGGUAUUAACUAAAAAGUUCCCGGCCAUGCUUACCCUGUUUCCUGCAACCUUGCCAUGUCCAUGUAAUCCUCGAAAGUUCUCCAUUUCACAGAAAACAAAGCACUUUCAUGGAAACAACUUCACUUCCUGCUUUAUUCUCACGUGCAAUCCACGAAGCUCCACAACCAGAACAACCCAGUCUUGUUCAAUUCCCACUGGUUCAUGCGCUGAGCAGACUCCUAUCUCUGACAACUGGUCUCAGCUCCUUAAGAGUUCAAUUGGGUGUGGAGAUUUCCAGCUGGGUCAGGCCAUUCAUGGGUUCUUAGUGAAAUCUGGUUUUCAGAAAGAUGACCCUUUUCAGGGAAAUAAUCUCGUUAAUUUCUAUGCGAAAUUUGAUAGACUGGAUGAUGCAGAACGGGUGUUCGAUGAAAUGCCUAUUCGAAAUACCAUUACUUGGACUUCAUUAAUAAAUGGGUAUUUGCAGAGCGGUGAUUUGAAGUCUGUGCUUCUGGUUGCGAGGGAUAUGUAUCGCUCUGAAGAGAAGUUAAACGAGCAUACUUGCUCGGUGAUUUUACGGGCAUGUAGUUUGCUAGAGGACCGGGCUCAAGGAGAGCAAAUCCAUGGGUUCGCUAUUAAAAAUGGGCUCUACGACAAUGUUGUUUUGGGUACCUCUUUGAUUGCUAUGUAUAAACAAACUGGUGUUUUUGAUGAAGCAGAGAAAGUGUUCAAUGAUAUAGCUAAUAAAGAUGUACAGUGUCUGAAUUAUAUGAUCUUAGAGUAUGGAAAAGCUGGAUAUGGAAAGAAGGCUAUUCAAGUGUUUGAUUAUAUGGUUACUGUAGGUUUUGAGCCAAGUGACUAUACAUUUAGUAACAUAAUAAGUGCUGGAACUGAAAAUGUAGGCAUUGAGGUAGGUAGGCAAUUGCAUGGACUUGCUGCCAAGUAUGGUUUUUUGGGUGAAAUCUCAGUUGGAAAUGCAGUGAUUGCAAUGUAUGGAAAGAAUGGAAUGGUAGAAGAGGCUGAAACAAUGUUUGAUGCAAUGAAUGACAGGAAUAACUUGAUUUCAUGGACUGCACUUAUGUCGGUCUAUGUGAAGAAUGGUCUCAGUGAAAAGGCGAUUGAUAGAUUCUUGUUAUUGCUCAACCUCGAAUUUCUUUUUGACUCUAGUUGUUUGGCUACUGUGCUUGAUGCCUGCUCAGAAUGCAAUAAUUUUGAAUUGGGAUAUCAAGUCCAUGGAUUUGUUAUAAAACAUGGCCUGACAUGGGACAUCAUUCUUGGUACUGCUUUAGUUGAUUUAUAUGCAAAAUGUGGUAAUUUACAGUCUGCAAGAAUAGUUUUUAACAGUUUCUCCCCUGAAAAUGUAACUUUAUUCAAUGCAAUUCUAGUUGUUUUAACGGAAAUGGAUGGGAAUGGCGAAGAAGAUGUUCUUGUUCUGUUUAACAAGCUUAGAUUAGCUGGUAUUCAACCAGACAAUGUGACCUUUUCACGGCUGCUUAGCUUAUCUGCUAAACAAGCUUGUUUAGUCAAAGGAAAAAGCAUUCAUGGUUACACCAUUAAAACAGGAUUUGGAGCUGAUUUGACUGUAGGGAAUGCUUUAGUUACCAUGUAUGCCAAAUGUGGGAGCAUUGGAGAUGCUUAUAAAAUGUUUAAUGGUAUGAAAAACCAUGACUUUGUUUCUUGGAAUGCAAUGAUUUCAGCAUAUGCCCUUCACGGGCAAGGUGAAAAGGCAAUCCUGGUCUUUCAAGAGAUUGAAAGAUUGGGGUUUGCACCUGAUGAGAUUACAGUACUGGCUGUUCUUCAAGCUUGUAACUACUCUGGAUUAUGGAAGCACGGAUUACACUUAUUCAGUGACAUGGAGUCAAAAUAUGGGAUUACGCCUGUAAUUGAGCACUUUGCUUGCAUGGUUGAACUUUUGGGCCGGGCCGGACAAUUGUCAGAAGCUGUAGAUUUCAUUUACAAAAGCCCUUUUCCUGAUUCACCUCUGCUAUGGAGGACUCUGGUCAAUGUAUGUAAGUUACAUGGAGAUCUGAACUUUGGCAUGGUAGCUUCAAAACAUUUGCUUGAGUUGGCACCUAAUGAGGCAGCAUCUUACAUACUCGUUUCAAAUAUGUAUGCUGGAGAAGGGAUGCUAGAUGAGGCAGCAAAGUUCAGAACAACUAUGGAUGACUUAAAAUUAAGUAAAGAAGCAGGUUGUAGCUGGCUUGAGAUUGAUAAUAAGGUUCACCAUUUCAUGGCAAGCAGCAGAAGCCAUCCAGAAAGUGGCGAAAUUUAUGCAAAGCUGGAUCUUUUGAAGCAUGAGAUGGAGCUAGGAUAUGACAGUAAAUUUGAUCUCUACUUAACAUAAGAAGAUCCAUAGAUAGAAGAGGGGGAUAAGAGCAUCUUCUGACUCAAGCUUCAUAAUAAAUUCUAAUAUGCUUCAAUCAAUUAAAGAUACGUUUCCCACCCCUUUGGCUAGUGGCUUUCAGGAAGAUUCCUGUUAUAUUACUUGAUUGCAUUAACUGGGAAGGUUUUGCUUUCAUCUUGGUGGGAUCAGGAUGACAGCCUCACAGUCAGGUAGAUGGCUAUGGUCUAAACUGAAUAUUCCACAGCUGGUAAAAUCCCAGUGACAAUAGUGAAGGAGCGUUGGCUAUUCUGGUAGCCCUUUUCUACCCCUUUUUUAUUUAGGGGGGAAAAACCUCGAGAAGUGACAAGAUAACAUAUAUGAAGCCACCCUAAGAUUGAAGUGAUCGUAACUCGAUGAAGACAACAAGAGACUGGAGCUUAGCACAAGGAACCCACCUCUAUGGGUAUUUGUUAUUCACACUUUUAAUGCUUGGGAUCCUAUAUUUGCACUGGCUUAUAUAUUUAUUCAGCUUAAUAAGCUUGAAUGCCCGGACUAUACUACGAGAGUUUACCAUAUAGGAGAAGAAAUCGAAGGUAAAUCAUCAAUACUUUAUUUCACAAUUGUAGGUAUUACUGAGUUAGUUAAAUAUUCUCACUGUUCCUCUCCAAAAGACCAGUCAUGAUUAAUGGCAUCCACAUGUUCUUGAAAGUGUCCAUACAAUGUAUGCAUAUCAGAGAAUCUAUGAAUGAUUUUCUCUUUUAAGAAUACAGUUUGAACCAAGUUUUGAUGACCGAG